CAUCAGUUGUCGCUGUCUUCAUGUACAGUAAUUUCUGGUUCACAUGACGUCACUGUGCGAAGUGGAAUUAAACGGGCUUUAUUUGGUUGUAAUCCCUCAUAGCAAUCGGCGGAGCGAGUAAAAUGUACCAAAGAAGGGAGAGAUAAAUCCUAUUGGAUUAGCACAAGCCUGUCCCUACAUCUAAACCAACCUAGCCCCUCCUUUCUUUCUUUUUUUUUUUUGGAAUCAACAUUUGGUGGCUCAAUCAUGCACCCUGUCUCAGCCUAGUCUUGCUUAGGUUGUGUACAGUUUUUGUGUGAUCAGUGUUGUGUUUACGUGUGGUGUCCUCUUUCCGAGCCAGUGUAACAGGAGAUUAAUUAUUCAAGGACUAUCAGCUGUAGGGGGAGGCACCUGAUAGCACGGACAUACAAUAUUACAAUCGGAUAUUAGGUGAAAACGCCAAACUCUGUUUUGUCUUUUUUGCUCCCUGACUCAAUUUCUCAGUUUUACUUUUUGAUGCUGUAACACAGGAAGCCUUCAACAAGACAAGACAACUGCUGCAAGUGGAAUACUUUGCUUUUGUGUGGUAUUUCUUACAUUUUUCCAGCUUUUUUCUCAAAUGCUCGUCACCAACAAACAGUUAAGUCUCGGUCGCUCCCACAGUUGGGACACUUUAGGAGGGAAUGAGGGUCACUGGGACAGGGCUGAGAGUGUCUACGAGCAGCAGGCAAGAGUAGCUGGUCGGCGGAGUUCUCUGUCAUACGGAGAGGGGGGAGGAGGGUGGUACGAGCCUACUGCAGGGGUGCGUCCUCCAGACCUGGAUUUGAAGCGUGACCCGUAUAUCUACCAAGAAUACGGACAGGUUUACCCAGGGGGUCAGAGGAAAGGAUCUGUGCCAGAGCUAAACCACUACGAACGAGCAGCCAUGGCUCACAGAGGAUCCAUUCCACAUCAAGAUUACUACCCUAACGAUCCAGCCAUGACUCCGCGUCCACCUGAGGGCUUUUACCGGCCUGAACAUCAGGCACCGCCACCUCACCCUCACCCACUUAGCAGGUCAGGCUCUCAUUUUGGGCUUACACCGGUGGUUCGUGGCGGGUGGGAUCAAGCUCAGGGUGGGAGAGGAGCACCUCAAGCCCCACCAUCAAAUUUACCUCCUCCUCCGUCUACUCCAACUCAUGAGGUGAAUCGGGUUUACAGAGAAUCUGCUGUUACCAAGAUGAUGCCUGACAGUCAGCGCAGACCCUCUCGGGAUACGUCUCCUGCUCACUACAACAUGGAUCAUGCAUCUCCUCGGUAUGGAAGUGAGCCUCCACCUCUGGCUGGUCAGUCUGUCUACACUGAUGUCAAUGGUCGUCCUCUGGAUCCGCAACAGCAAGCUGCUACUUGCUUAGUGGUGGAUCCUACCAGUCAAGGUAUGAUAAUGAGGCAGGAGACAGCCUCGCCGUAUAAUAUCCAGCAACAGCAACAGUUACAGCAGCAACAGCAAAUGCUCCAACAGCAGCAACUGCAACAGCAGCAACAACUGCAGCAGCAGCAGCAACAAUUGCAGCAGCAACAAUUGCAGCAGCAACAACAACAACUGCAGCAGCAACUGCAGCAGCAGCAGUUGCAGCAGCAGCAACAAUUGCAGCAGCAGCAGCAAAUUCAGCAGGAGCAGUUGCAACAGUCUUUGCCACCUCCUAACACCGUGCCAAUCUCCGACCCUAAACUUGCCGUGGCGGCUCCACUUCCUCCUCCUUCACCCUCCCCCUUGCAGACGACUGGAGUGGUCCCAGUUGCACCUGCCCCUGUACAGGCAAUGCCAACUGCUGCCCCUGCAAUUGCUCAACCUCCUGUUCCCCUUUCUGCCCCUCCGCCAACAGCGCCACAGACACCUUUACCUGUUGAUCCUAAGAAGACAGUCGACCCAGAGUUUCUCGCCUUGUUGCGAAAUGAUGGCAUCUCUGAGAGCACCAUCUCUUUGCUUAUCCAGCAGGGAUUUGACUCCACUAGCAUGUUGGCUGUCAUGGAAGAUAAUGAUGUGCGCACAGUGGCGCCCAACCUCGGGCAAGCCCGUGUGCUUUCUCGUGUGGUCCACAACUGCAAACGACCUGCUGAAGCCACGCCAGCUCCUUCUCAACCUCAGACACCCAUGCGUGGCCGUUCAAACAGUUUUAGCCAUCGUUCGGAUGUCUAUCACCAGCAACAGCACCACCACCAACCUAUACAUCCUCCACAGGCUUUGAAUAUCGACCCUCACCUAAUCCCUCCGCAGACACCUGGGGGCAUGCAGACCAUCUCACCAAGGAUGGGGGAGGUAUUAGGCCGAAGGCCCAGUAGUGCACCCUCUCAACAGCUCCUGGAAGCCUCUGGAGGUUUCCCAGGCCAAACACCUCGUUCCCCGGGGCCAUAUGUAGGAACCAUAAUGCCUGUACAGUCGAGACCAAUGUCUGCGUAUUCUUCUGGAAUGACGAUGCAAGGGUUACCUGUGCAGGGUAUGCAUGUCAUGUCACAGCAGAUGACUGGAUCAAUGCCUGCAAUCGCUGGUUCUAUUCAACCCAUGCCGGGUAUGCCCCAGCAGAUGCCCGUCUCCAUGCCAGCUUUAACUCAACCGCCACAGCAGGUACCUAAAGCAUACUCUACCAAUUACACGGUGCCCAUGGAGCUAAUGAAGAGGGACCGAAGCUUGUUGCCAUUGUCACCCAUGCAUAGUCCUCACCCAAAUCCCCAACUAAUUCGUAAGGGUGGAGGAUCAGCACAAGACAAUGCCUUGGUACCUUUGGGAGGCCCCACUCAAGGACAAGGGGUUGUGGUUGCUAACCAGAAGCUAAGUCGUCGCACUGGUCCACCAGUCAUCGUGUCCACAAUGGCAUCUCCAGACACAAGUAUCCGGCCACAGAUCAUGAACGGGCCCAUGCACCCGCGUCCCCUGGUGGCGCUGCUGGAUGGACGCGACUGCACGGUGGAGAUGCCCAUCCUCAAGGACCUGGCCACCGUGGCAUUCUGCGACGCUCAAUCUACACAGGAAAUUCAUGAAAAGGUGCUAAGCGAAGCGGUGGGAGCUAUGAUGUACCACACCAUCACGCUGACCCGAGAGGACCUGGAGAAGUUUAAAGCGCUACGCAUUAUCAUACGCAUCGGCAGCGGCUACGACAACAUCGAUAUCAAAGCGGCCGGAGAACUAGGCAUCGCCGUGUGCAACAUUCCCUCGGCGGCCGUGGAGGAGACGGCCGACUCGACGCUCUGUCACAUUCUCAACCUGUACAGACGGAACACCUGGCUGUACCAGGCUCUCCGGGAGGGCACGAGGGUCCAGAGCGUGGAGCAGAUCAGAGAGGUGGCGUCGGGGGCGGCCAGGAUCCGGGGAGAGACGCUCGGCCUCAUCGGAUUCGGUCGCGCGGGGCAAGCGGUUUCGAUGCGGGCCAAGGCGUUCGGUUUCAACGUGAUCUUCUACGACCCGUACCUGCAGGACGGGCUGGAGCGCUCGCUGGGCGUGCAGCGCGUAUACACGCUGCAGGACCUCCUCUACCAGAGCGACUGCGUCUCUCUGCACUGCAACCUCAACGAGCACAACCAUCACCUCAUCAAUGACUUCACCAUCAAGCAGAUGCGUCAAGGAGCAUUCCUGGUGAACGCGGCGCGAGGGGGCCUGGUGGACGAGAAGGCUUUGGCACAGGCCCUCAAAGAAGGCAGAAUACGUGGAGCCGCCCUCGACGUCCACGAGUCGGAACCCUUUAGUUUUUCUCAAGGUCCCCUGAAGGACGCCCCCAACUUAAUCUGCACGCCACACACCGCCUGGUACAGCGAGCAGGCGUCGCUGGAGAUGCGCGAAGCCGCCGCCACGGAAAUUCGACGAGCCAUCACGGGUCGUAUCCCCGACAGCCUGCGAAAUUGCGUCAACAAAGAGUUUUUUAUCACCUCGGCGCCCUGGGGUGUGAUGGAGCAGCCGCAACCUCACCCGGAGAUCAACGGCGCCGCCUACAGGUUCCCUCCUGGCGUGGUGGGGGGCGUAGCACCCGGCGGAAUCCCCCGACCGCUUGAGGGGCUUCUGCCCGGCGGAGUGCCCAUCGCCCACACGCUGCCCCCGGGCACCCAUGCGUCCCAGGCCACCUCCCCCAACCAGCCCUCCAAACACGGCGACCCCAGCAGAGAGCACAUGAGCGAGCCGUGAGCCACCGCCAAGCCCGCCCGGCGACAGAUGAGACUGUCACAUCCCUCCUGAACUUUUAGGACGGAAUUUACCCCAUUUUUCCUUCGAGAUUUCCUUCAUUCCGGCAACAAACAUGUCUGGUGUUGAUUUUUUUUUUUUCUUCCUUCUUUCAAUGUUGUGUUGCAAGUGUUGUUCUGUUUCUGCAAGUGUUACUCGUGUGUUUUUUAGCAGGAAUCUUCCUCAUUAGAAAAAAAUAAAGCAUUUUAAGACAAAAUCAUUCCGUAAAUUAUAUUUGCAUUGUCAUGAGCUAGCAAGUAGUACAGAACAACAAGCCGUAUCUCGAUUGACACCAAUCUGCAUUAUUUCUUUCCCUCUUUUUUUUUUUUUUUUUCUACGUGUCAAAUUUAGUUGAUGUGCAGUUUGGUUAUUGAAUGUUUUUAAUCAUGUGACCGCUCCCUCUAAUUUUUUUUUACCAUUAUUUUUUGCGUGACUGUGUUUGUUCUUGUACAAGGUGAACAUAAAGUAUAACAUAAGGUGCAGCUGGAAACCACAAAUAAAAAUACAUGCUGUCCUGAUUGAUGAUAAGUGUUGUUGGUGGAAUAUUUUUUUUAACAUCAGCUUUGCAGCCGCAACAGGGAAAAUACAGUGGUACUUCUACAUACGAAGUUAAUUCGUUCCAGGACCUUGUUUGUAAGUUGAAAUGGUCGUAUGUCGAACAGGAUUUUCCCAUAAGAAUACGUUAUAAUUCCAUUAAUUCCUUCCACAGGUCGAAAACCUUCACUAAAUCCUUAAUAAAUACCGCUGGUACUAUUACAA